GGGACUUAAUAGUGAGAAAACAUUAUUAAUGGACCUAAUUGUCAAUUUUUCAAACUUUAAAGGGGUUAAAAGGUUAUUGGAUAAGGCCGGCUGACUCAUUCCUUUUUAUCUUUUUCUUCUUUCCUUCUUUCUUCCCCCAGCAUUUUCGCGUGUCUGCUCUGUUUUCCUUUCUCCCUGCAGCCGAGCAUCACCAGCCAUAACCGAAGCCUCCACCUGAAAAGUGAAAUUUCUCCGGAUCUGCUGUCCUUCUGCCCCCUCUGCCGCCGGUGUUGCUGGAGUGAAUACCUAUCUUUCCUGUGGCCCCGUGAAAGUUCCCCCAUUUUCCCGCCGGCUCUUCCCCUCAAUCUGCAGCUCCACCUUUGCUUGUUGAGCAUUUCUGGUAAGUUGACUUCUUUAAUCUCCGAAGAUUGGUUGAUUAAGGGCUGAUUUGUGAGUUUAAGUGGUUGUAUGAAAUGAGCUUGGUUGUCCGAAAAAUUCUGUUGAAAUAGGGAUGAGUGUUGACAAUUUGAAAAUGGGUUUUGGUUGAUGAUUUGUGUAGGAAAUUAGGGGGUUUGGCUAUUGUGUGUAUGUCCAAGAGAAAAAGGGGAGAAUUCUGUGAAUUGGCCGUUUCUUGUCAAGGCUGGUUUUCCCAAAUUCUUGUCCAUGAGUUUGAAAAUUGUAUAUGUGUAAUUAUAUAUUUAUAUACCCAAUCCCGAUGAAUGCUAAAUUUCCGGAUAGAAAAGCAGAAAUGAAAAUAAAUGAAGGAAUGAAUUUCCUUAUAGAUAUUAAUUUGGGAAUAUUGUGAUUAGGUCCUUGAUCGCCCUGAGACCCUAGCUCUUGGAUUAAGCCUUUUGUCUGCGUGAUUAAGGUAAGUAAAUCGUGGUAAUGCCCUUAAAUUUUCGAAGCAUAUUUUAAUUGUUUUCUGAGAUGGUGGCGAGGUUUAAAUGGAUUUAUUCACAUUUGAGCAUGAUUGAAAAGGGAAAUUAAACUUUUAUCAUUUUCCUUAUUUCUAGAAUUAAGCAUACCCACAUGAGAUCCUUUUGAUUUAUUCUUGAAAGUGAGAACGAUUGUGAAUUUCGGUUUUGUUUGUAAAGUUUGCUUGGUUUUGUCUCCAAUAUGGUCGUGAUAAUCGUGUGCCCGCUAGUGGGAGGUUUAUAAACGCUAGCACAUGUCGACAUGUUAGUGAUAGAACCGGUUCGCUCAUGGCCCUACUAGUGGGGAUUAUACACUAGUAAUUUUUGUAGCCUGCCAGUGGGAGGUUUAUAACACUGGCCAUGACUAAUAGAGGAGACCACUACGUGAUUUUACCUUGCAUUUAUGGUUUGUUAUUGAAACGCUCUGUUUAUGUUUUAACCGAUUAUUUGGCAUGCUUUAAAUUUUGAUUUCGGGCACCCAUGUUUACUUACUGAGAUAUUUUAUCUCACGAUUUCCUUGUCCACCAUUUCAGGUAGUGAGACCCGACGCGUGGGAAGCCCGGGGGAGUGACGAGCUAGACGGCUAGGCACUUUUGGACUUAGGUUUUUGUAGCUAAGCCGUUAGUCACCCAUGCUUGACAUAGAAAAUUUUGUGUAUAGAAUUUAGUGCUAGUCAUGACUGUAUAUAUGAAAUGAUAAAUCUUGUACAUCUGACUGGUAAAUAUUUGGUAAUUAAAAAGGCUUAGAUCUG